AUGAAGACCCUUCUCCCCGCAACCCUUCUCGAUGGCAAAGUCCGAGUGCAUCGGAGUGGAUUCUCAACAAAGAUAGCAACUGAUUUUGGGGUGGAAGUUUCCUACGACGGGAACCAAUAUGUGCAGAUUGCUGUUCCGGCUAGUUACCAGGAUGCCACCUGUGGCCUUUGUGGAACUUUGAAUGGGAACAUUGCCGACGAGUUCUUAAUGUCGAGUGGCUCCUUAGCAACAUCAGCCACUCUUUUUGCGGCAAGCUGGCGGGUGAAAGAUACGGCAUCCCAGUGUGGGGAAGUCCAAGAGCUGUCUCCUUGUCCUUCCGCUGAACUGGCCCAUUACUCCGGCCCCGACUACUGCGGCAUCCUGAAGAAAUUUCCCGGUCCUUUUGCAGCCUGCUCCCAGGUCUUACCUUCCUCCGGCUUUGUGGAGAGCUGCUCGUACAAUCUUUGCAUGUCUGGGGGCGACCGGACGGUGCUGUGUGAAAUUCUGCGGGCUUAUGCCGAAUGGUGUCAAGCAGCCAAUAUAACAGUUGGGCUGUGGAGAUCGGACAGUUUCUGUGGAAUUUCAUGCCCCGAGAACAGCCAUUACGAACCUUGCUCGAUCGCCUGUCGGGCCAGCUGCGUGGAUUCCACGGCCCCUCUGUACUGCGCCGAGCCCUGCCGAGAGGGCUGCUUUUGUGACCGAGGCCACAUUCUCAGCGGAGGGGCGUGCGUGCCCCUGAAUCGUUGCGGCUGCAUGGCGAACGGCCAGUACUACCAAGUGGGAGAGGAGGUCAUCCUGACAGAUACCUGUAGCAGGCGCUGUUCCUGUAGGCAUCCUUCUCACCCCAUGGAGUGCCAGGACUAUGCCUGCAGGACUCUGGAGAUAUGCAAAGUUGUGCACGGGGUACGGGGCUGUUACCCCGUGAAAUACGGCAACAGCUGGGUCUUUGGGGAUCCCCAUUACGUCACCUUUGACGGGGUAGCCUUUGAUUACGAAGGAGACUGCAGAUAUACGCUGAGCAAAUACUGCGGCCCCUUUGGCAAGCUGCCGAGCUUCACCAUCAAAGCAGAGAACCAACGCCGGGGCUCUGCAGCAGCUUCCUGGGCACAGCUGGUGGAGCUGAAGAUCUACGGGGAGAACAUUACUGUAGUGGCAGGCCAGUAUGGCAAAGUGCAGGUGAACGGCAUCUUGGUUAACCUGCCCAUCGUCCUCGCCUCAGGGAAGGUCUCUGCCUAUUUCAGCGGCUCCUCUGUCUUCCUCCAGAGUGAUUUUGGCCUCCUUGUUUCCUAUGACUGGUCAUACUACAUAUCCGUUUCUGUUCCCGAGACCUACUCUGGUCUCCUCUGUGGUCUUGGUGGAAAUUUCAAUGGGAACCAGAGUGAUGAUUUCAGGACCCCCGACGGUUCGCUGGUUCCGGAUGCGGUCACUUUCGCCAACAGCUGGAAAGAUGCCCGCUGCCCUUCUCAUGGCACACCCGCCGGACCCCCGUCCGUAUGCGGCGAAACGGAACUAGCCCGGUACAGAUCGCAGAACCACUGUGGGCUUAUCGGCGAUGUGAGGGGCCCAUUUAAAGAGUGCCACAGCCCUGCAGGUGCUCGGGUCCAUGUGGAGAGCUGCGCGAGGGACAUGUGCGUUACUCAGGGAAGCCACCAGACUCUGUGUGAAGUCCUGCGGAGUUACGCUCAACAGUGCCAAAGCCGUGGCAUCUCUAUUCAUCCGUGGAGGGAAAUCGCUGAGUGUGAAUUAAACUGCCAUAACAACAGUCAGUACCUGCUGUGUGGACCUUCCUGUCCCGCGACAUGUGCCGGCCCAGCAACGCCACUCCCCUGCUGGACCAAGUGCCUCGAAGGGUGUCAGUGCAAACCUGGAUUUGUGCUGAGCGGCAUCCACUGUGUGCCUCGUGAGCAGUGCGGCUGCGUGCACAACGGGCGAUACUACCUGUCUGGGGAAACCUUCUGGCAAGGAGAACAUUGCCAGGACUUCUGCAGAUGCAGCGGGUCCAUCCAUGCCAUUGAAUGUGCCAAUUCGUCCUGUGGUCCUGGAGAAUUCUGUGGAACUCAGAAGGGUGUUUAUGGGUGCCAUGCCCUAUCAGAGGGCAUCUGCUGGGCUUCGGGGCUUCUCCAUUAUACCACAUUUGAUGGUCAUCAUUAUGGUUUUCAGGGCACCUGUAAAUACAUCUUUGCUGAACUGUGUGGGGCGUCGAUGUCUUUACCAUUCUUUAGGGUGGAGGUUCAGAACAAGAAGAUGCCUAAUGAUCCUUUGCCCAUGACAGCAGAAGUGUUUGUCCGAGUGAACACACAUCAGAUACUUCUGCGGAGGGGAAUCCGGGCGACCAUCCAGGUUGACGGUGUAACUGUGAAUCUCCCAGUAAAUCUCGAUGCAGGCAAAAUAGUUGUUUAUCAGCAUGGAAUAUAUACUAUCCUGAAAACAGAGUUUGGUCCGACAGUGAGUUUCGACCUAGACCACAGCCUCUUUGUCACCAUUCCCCCUGAAUACAAAGGCCAAACCUGUGGGCUGUGCGGGAAUUUCAACGGUGUCGCUGGUGACGACUUGGUGAUGUCAAAUGGCUCCAGAGAGAAGGAAGUCUUCCUCCUUGCCGGGGUCUGGAAGUCGGAGACAGUCCCCGAAUGUGACGACGGUGCCUCCGAUUCCUAUCCUGUGUGCCCAGAAGGGGAACGGCUCAUCCAGGCCAAAUCUGACUGCUGGAUCAUCCAGGACCCCCAAGGACCCUUUGGCGCUUGCCACGUUCAAAUUAAUCCUGAGCCUUAUUUGUCCGACUGCAUUUUUGACCUUUGCAUCUCUCCAGGGGACAGCCGUAUCCUGUGCCGGUGCAUUCAGAAGUAUGCAGCAGCCUGCCAGAGAGACAACAUAAAGAUCUCCGCCUGGAGGAGCAAAGAUUUCUGUGGCACGUAUCUCAAGUGUGCAUUACACCUGCCGUUUUUAUGA